AAUUGGCAUAAUACCCCAUGGAAUGCUGCGGUAAGUGUGUAUGAUUCCAAGUCUUCACAUGGAAUGAAGAUAUUAAUGAACUUAUUAUUUCGAUAACUCACCUCCACGGCGAACGCUCCACAGCCUUUGAUGAACUCGCUAACGUUCCGUUGACGUUCACCGUCGGUCCUCGGUUCCAGGAAAAACUACGCAUACAAAGUUGUUAAAUUAGCACACAACGCUGAACAAUAAGUUAGCAAACGACUUGAAGAAGUAAACUGAUUUGGAAUCCAUCUUUAUUCCAAGCGUUUGCUUCUAAUUGCCACUUGACGUUGAGCUGCGUUUUGCUAGCAUCAGUGCCCAGCUUUACUUCCGGUUGAACUUUAAAAUGGGAAUUCAUUUUAAACACUCGGAGUUUUAGGUUGUUUAUUUUUUUCCCCCAAUUUCAUUAGAUUCAGCGUAGAAGCUACACAUUUGGUGUUCUUUUAUGAACGAAUGUCAUCCACAUAAUAAAAUGCAAAUGCAUUUAUUUCGAAGGAGACACUUCCUGCCUCGAUGUAUGCAUGCACCCGUACGUACAUUAAGAAUGUAGAUGUAAUUUACAGUUUAUUAAACAGUCUAUUUUAUUUUAUUUUAUUUAAAUGUCCCACGUGAGUUAAUAUUUAAAAAAUGUGUACCACAACAAUACACUUUCCUGUUCUCCUUCCAAACACGUACUUUGUCUGUCGUCCCUGGUCUGAGUCGCUCCAGCAGCCUGCACAGAACGACCCCGUCCUGCAGAGACGUCUGGAGGAAAGCGUCCGGAUCCGAGAUGCUUUUCUUGGGAGACUCCAGGACCCCGAGCGUAAUGAGCCACGUUACCGUCUGCUCUGCCGCGUUCAUCCUGGACUCUGGAAGGUCACGGGACGGUAACACCUCGGGUGGUAACGUUCUUGUGUGGAGCGGUGAAACUUGUGCAAGAUGGCGCUGGUCUGACAAUACUGUGGCGUCAGCAGGUGUGACAACGAUAUAUGCAGUUUAUAUGAGCGUGUGAAAUGUCUGGAGACACCAGCACCUUGUACUGGAGGAGCAUGUCUUCCACCGGCCAAUUGGAGAUCCCAACUAUUUCUCCCCAGGCAACUGUGGGUGGGAGUAGCAUCCUCCCUGCAAAGAUUAUCAAAGUGUGUUUCCUCAGCAACAGUUUCAACCUCGGCAAGAACUUCAAACUGGUCCGCUGUGACGAAGGAAUGAUAAUCAGGGAUGUCAUCAGUGUUGUGCUGUCAAGCGGAUGUGUCGGUCCAAACAUAAGACACAACCGCUGUUAUGGUCUUCUCCUCAAACACCUUAAGUCGUCUGCGAUACACUGGCUGCACCCGGACCUGACCAUGUUGGAACUCAUCCAGCGAUACGAGCAGCAGCACCUGGAGGCCGAGUGGAGAUAUGACUUGAGAAUCAGAUACAUUCCAUCAGACUUUAUGGAAAAAUUCCAAGAUGAUAGAACCACCAUGCUCUACUUUUACCUGCAGGUUAGAAGUGACUACAUGCAGCAGUUUGCCUCUAAAGUCAGCGAAGGGAUGGCUUUGCAGCUUGGUUGCCUGGAGAUUAGGAGAUUUUUCAAAGACAUGAAUCCAAACGGACUGGAGAAAAAGUCCAACUUUGAGCUGUUAGAGAAGGAUGUGGGACUGGACCUGUUCUUUCCAAAAGAGCUGAUGAGCAGCAUGAAGCCGAAGCAGCUGCGUCGGCUGAUCCGCCAGACGUUUCAGGGCUACGGCACCCUGAACCAGGAGCAGUGCAUGGCCAAGUUCUUCAGCACUCUGGCUCAGUGUUACAGCUACACACAGGAGAGCUUUGCCUGCAUGCUGGUGCACGGUUGGAGUGUCACAGUAGAGCUCGUCAUCGGCCCUGAGGGUAUCAGUCAGCAAACUGACAACUCCACACCCAGCCGUCUGGCCAAGUUCUCUCAGGUGAGCAGCAUCUCCUGCUCUACUGAGAUUGAUGGCCGAGCUCUGCUCAACGUUCACAUAAAGGGAACCAAGCAGCCACUCUCGGUGAGCACGGCAUCUGUGGCUAUCGCAGGAAACAUGGCUGACCUGAUUGAUGGAUACUGCCGGCUGGAGGGCGUCUCUGAGGGUUCACUCAUUAGCAGACCUGGCAAAAGGAGAAAGGAACUACCUCAAAUUCCAAAACUCGAUGAUUCCUCCCCACACAAAAGAGGUUCCGACAUUUACGCUGAGAUUUCCGAGGACAUACUGAUGCCGUGCGAGAAGCAUAGGAUAUCCAGAGCUGAUGUCAUCGUGGGUCGCAUCCUUGGUGAGGGCUUCUUUGGAGAGGUUCAUGACGGUGUUUAUAAAAGCCCGACAGGGGAAAGGAUCCAAGUGGCCAUCAAAACAUGCAAGGACUGCUCACCAGGCGUGAAGGAGAAGUUUCUUAGUGAAGCCGAAUUAAUGAAAAAUCUAGACCACCCCCACAUCGUGCGUCUGAUUGGAGUCAUUGACAACAACCCGAUAUGGAUCGUCAUGGAGCUCUAUGAACAUGGAGAGCUGGGGAAAUAUCUGAUGGAGCAGAAGUGCAUCCUGACAACAGCGACUUUAAUUCUGUACUCUCUGCAAAUCUGCAAAGCCUUAGCUUACCUCGACGGCCUCAGCAUGGUGCACAGAGACAUUGCAGUGAGAAACAUCCUGGUGGCGUCUCCUGACUGCGUCAAGCUCGGUGACUUUGGUCUAUCUCGGUACAUUGAUGACCAAGAUUACUACAAAGCAUCGGUUUCACGUAUGCCGAUCAAGUGGAUGGCACCGGAAUCCAUCAACUUCCGGCGGUUUACUUCGGCGAGCGAUGUGUGGAUGUUUGGCGUGUGUGUGUGGGAGAUCUUCUCCUUGGGCCAGCAGCCAUUCUACUGGCUGGUGAACGGGCAGGUGAUCACCCAGCUGGAGUCCGGCGUCCGACUCCCCAAGCCGCUGCCGUGCCCGCCAGCUGUUUACUCUCUGCUGACCCGCUGCUGGGCCUAUGAGCCGCAUGCCCGCCCUGGCUUUGUCCAGCUCGUCUACUCGCUCAGUGACAUUCAAACAGCGGUGCAGGAGGAUAAACCAGACUGCAUCUCAUGUAUCUCGCAACUGGACCUCGAGCACAGCGAGCCUCCCCCAAAGCCUUGCAGAAUGAGCGCCGUCGACCCAUACGCCUCAAGUGUGCAGGGAAAGGAUGGGCAAGAGCAUAUUGAUGACACUUUACGAAGGCAAAGAAGAGAGAUGCUGAUGGACAGACAAUGGCUGGAGCAGGAGGAGCGACAACUGGAUCCUUUUGUGCGACAGGCCUCAGAUAUCAAGUUUCUGGAAAAAAGUGUGGCUGAUGGCCCCCCUGCAGAGACCCCCAUACCUCUCUGCGUCACACAGUCUCGUCCCACAGCUGAGCUGGACCGAUCAGGUGAUCAGGUGUACUCUGGUGUCAUGGCGAUGGUCAGACAGGUGGUCCAGCUGAAGAAUGAGGUCAACACCCUUCCAUACUCCGAGUAUCCCAACGCCGUCAAAGCGAUUGGUGCCACUCUGCGGAGCCUGAUCCAAAGCGUUGAUGAUGUCCUGCCCGUUCUGCACAACUCAUGUGCCAGCGAGAUCGCGGGCACAAAGAAGCUCCUGAACAAGGACUUAGAGGAGCUGAUCAAUAAGAUGAGACUGGCCCAGCAGAACUGGGUGACGACACUAAAGGAGGAGUGCCAGAGACAGAUGUUGGCCGCUGCACACACUCUGGCGCUGGACUCCAAGAACCUGCUGGACGCAGUGGACCAGGCGAGGGUCAGGGAGACACAGGAUAAGUGAAGUUAGUGUUGGGAACCCAUUCAUUUUUGGACUUUAAAGGCCUACUGAAAUUAAUUUUUUUUCUUUAAACGGCGAUAGCAGAUCUAUUCUAUGUGUCAUACUUGAUCAUUUCGCGAUAUUGCCAUAUUUUUGCUGAAAGCGCACGUACGGUACGGUACGUGUUAUGCUAGCUCCUAGCUCCUAGCUCCAUAGAACACGCCAAUACAAUUCAAACACCUGAUCAACACACACAAUCACUCAGCCCAAAAGACCGUUCACCUAACCCAAGGUUCAUAAAGCUUAUAUAUUUUUAAAAAGUUACGUACGUGACGCGCACGUACGGUACGGUACGUGUUAUGCUAGCUCCUAGCUCCUAUGCUAGCUCCUAGCUCCAUAGAACACGCCAAUACAAUUCAAACACCUGAUCAACACACACAAUCACUCAGCCCAAAAGACCGUUCACCUAACCCAAGGUUCAUAAAGCUUAUAUAUUUAAAAAAAGUUACGUACAUACGCAAAAAAAAGUUGCGCACAUACGGUCAAGCGAUCAAAUGUUUAGAAGCCAAAGCUGCAUACUCACAGUAGCACGUCUGCGUCUUUGUCAUCCAAAUCAAAGUAAUCCUGGUAAGAGUCUGUGUUGUCCCAGUUCUCUACAGGCGUCUGUGUAUCGAAGUCGAAAGUCCUCCUGGUUAGAGUCUCUGUUAUCCGAGUUCUUCCAUCUUGACUGCAUCUUUCGGGAAUGUAAACAAAGAAGCGCCGGCUGUGUACUGUUGUGGCUGACUACGUUCGAAAAAUACGUCCAUUUCGCACCGACAACAUUCUUCUUUGCUUGCUCAGCUUCCUUCUUCAUAAUGCAAUGAACAUGAUUGAAACAGAUUCACGAACACAGAUGUCCAGAAUACUGUGGAAUUAUGAAAUGAAAACAGAGCUUUUUCGUAUUGGCUUCAAUGUGGAAGGCAUACCCGUGUUCCCCGGUCUACGUCACACGCAUACGUCAUCCUCAGAGGCGUUUCGAACCGGAAGUUUAGCGGCAAAUUUAAAAUGUCACUUUAUAAGUUAACCCGGCCGUAUUGGCAUGUGUUAUAAUGUUAAGAUUUCAUCAUUGAUAUAUAAACUAUCAGACUGCGUGGUCGGUAGUAGUGGGUUUCAGUAGGCCUUUAAACAUGUAUCAAAAGUUGAAAAAAGAAAACAUUUAAAAAAAAAAAAAAGGGAUUUCAUAAUUUCAUAUUUGUACAUGAAAAAGCAUCAAAGAAAUUGCUGUUACGCCAUGAAUGUGCACAGAAAGCACCGGGAGGGAAUAUAUUUGCAGCUGCACCCUCCAAGGGCAAUGUGCGCCUCAAAAGGAACGUGGGCGAGAGUUACUUCCAAUAAAAUAUUGAUGACAUCUGCUGAUGUGAGUAAAUCUAUUUGCCAAUUCAUGUGUGCUGGUCGGUGCUCUUCUGCCAUGCAAGCUCGUCACUUUCUCCGACUAGACUUGCGAUCAGCGCUCGGCAAAUUCAGCAAAAAAAACAGCCAGCUGCAUUUUUUAAAUUAUAAUUAAAAUUUAAAAAACGAUACAAUCAAUGUUCCUUCUAAUUUUUAAUGUUUGUGAGCAAACGCACAAACUACCUGAGCAUUCAGUGGAGCACAUAUGAGCAACAUCAGACGUGCACACUGUGGCCACACCAGCGUCACACCUGUCCCAAACCUGACAUCAUAACAAUUGAAAUGUUUUAUUAAAAUAAUUUUCUGAUAUAAGUGAUUUUGCCCUCUUAGAAUGACAAUAACAAAAAAACAUGUUUUUCAUGACCUGUGUGCUAGUAUUGUAUGUCUGGCUGCGGGUCCUGCCUUUAAAAGAAAUGUUACCCCUUUCAGAGAUGACAUUUAGUUCCUGUAACUUUCUGUCUGUAAAAUACAUCUUUUUAUUAGCAUUUAUGAAAUCUAGUGACAAUAUUUCAUGAAUAAUAUCCUUAGAUUAACAUUCUUAAUAAAUGGCAGUAAAAUAAGCACACAUCUGAUUGAGGAGUCAGAGUGUUACAACCUGGCAUUUACACAAUGUGUGGCGUUGGGGUUGUCCGACUUUUUGUGUGGCCAUAAACGCAACACUGGCUAAGUGCCAUGAGUGCGUGUGUUGGUGCAGGUGAGACAGAGCGAGCGGCUUCUGUUGAAACGACGGAUGACAAAGUUGGUUUAAGCCUGGUUUGUAUGGCAGAAGAUUACCAGUUUUUAUAGAUAAAAGUUGUUUUACUCAUGUUUUUGGUGUGGUUACAAACAGUUUUGCUCAAUAAAGUGAUGGAUGGAAUUCCUGUCCGUAAAGUGUCUCGACAGACGAUAAUUGAAAUGUGUUGACAAAGAUUGUUUUAUUCAUUGGGGCCACUCUUGUUGUCACUUGUCACUCAUAGAGUUGCAUUGCAAAAUAAUACAGAAUAAAUUGUAAUGUGUUUAUUUUGUUUAAAGUUCA